UAAUAAUCCAACGACGGUUUGAAACAAGUCAACUUGAAAAACACCGCUUUAUUUCGUUCGGAUAAAUUGGUUUUCAACUAGUUUUUUUUAUUCUUCUCGCGUGUACGUAAUUUUCACAGCAUGGUAUGGGUCAACCAUCCAUUAGCAUUCUACUUCACGAACUGAUUAAGUUAAUGUACCACGCCGGAGUCAAAGACCCGAUAUUUUUCAGACUCGGCACCUGCGGAGGCCUUGGAGUCGAACCAGGUACCGUAGUAAUCACCACCGAACCUUUAAACGGAAUGCUAGAACCAGUACAUAUGACCCCGAUCUUGGGUAAACGAGUCGAUCGUCCUGCCGUACUCAGUAAAGAAUUAGCCAACGAAUUGAUCGCUCUCAGCGAACCAUCCGAUACUUUCAAAAUUGUAGCCGGAAAAACCAUAUGCACGGAUGACUUUUACGAAGGGCAAGGUCGCAUGGAUGGCGCUUUUUGCGAGUACACGGAGGAAGAGAAAUUUACGUUUUUAAAAUUGGCUCGAGAUAAAGGCGUCACCAAUAUCGAAAUGGAAUCUUUAGCGAUGGCUUCGAUAACGCAUCACGUCGGCAUUAAAUGCGGUAUAAUUUGCGUCACGCUGUUGGACCGACUGAAAGGAGAUCAGAUAAACCAAAGCAAAAAAACUCUAGAAGAAUGGCAAGACCGACCAAUGGUGAUCGCUACCCGUUACAUUAAAAGAUACCUCACCGAGAACGGCCACCUUAUAGAGAACAUCGAAAACAAACCGAAACCCAAGAAAACCAUCGGCUGCCCCGAUUGCGUAAAUUUGCAAAAAAUGAACAAAAUGUCGAUGGAUGACGGCGAAAGCAGCAAUAGUAGCACGAGCAGCGUUGGCAGUGACAGCGCCAGUGGAGGUGCCUCCGGUGCCAAAAACCUUUCCAAUACUUCGGAAUCCACCAGUGGUAAAAGCACCAAUUCAGAAUUCGGUUGUUUGCCCGGAUGCUCGGUUAUCGUUUCUAGUGUAGAUUACUUGCAACGUGUUCUAGAUGAAAGUAGUGGCGUAGAUUAGUCGAUAAUUCGCUCAUUUGCAGAUAAAUUUUUACGUCAAAUGUCCCCCCUUUAUAAUACGAACACUCAUCCUGUGUCCAUUAGUACGUACUUUUUAUUAAAAAAAAAAAAAAACAAAAAAAAAACAAAAAAAAUGGUUCCUAUGAGUAAGAAAAAAAAUUAUACUUACGAGAAAUUUUUCGUUCAAUAUUACACUCUGGAAGUGAAACUUUUUCAUUUUUUUAAUCACUUUGUCCUCGAAAUCGUAUCCCUAGGUUGGAAAAAAUCACCAAUUUCACGACUC